AUGAACUUCUCAACAAACAGCAACUUCACACAAUCUAAAGUAAAGGACUUCAUUGUGACCAAAAAUGUGAUAAUUGUUGCUUUGUACUUCUCAAUCAACUACAUUAACGGCACACUUGUCCACACUUUCUUCAAACAUGAAAUCUUUAAUGGGAAUCCUCGAUAUAUCCUCUUCAUCCAUAUGGUUGUGAACGAUAUGAUCCAGCUGACCAUUUCGGUGUUGCUUAAUCUCAUUGCCUACAUCUUUUCUACCAUCAAUGUCUCCCUCUGUUGCUUCCUUUUAAUGAUUGCACUGUUCACCACCCUCAACACUCCACUGAAUCUGGCCGGCAUGGCUGUGGAGCGCUACAUUGCCAUCUGUAACCCGUUACGCCACAUGCAGAUUUGUACCGUGCGCAGGACAUACAUCCUAAUUGGCCUGAUUUGGGUCUUGGGUGCCUUCACCAUUCUUCCUGACCUGUUUGUUAUCCUGGCCACUGAGCCUUUAUCAUUUUUCCAUUCUACCACCUACUGCAGUCGAGAAUCCGUGUUCCGCCAUCCAUCCAUGGUGGAGAAGAGGAACAUCUCACACUUGGUCUAUCUGUCCUUCGUAUGGCUCACUUUGUUCUACACCUACUUCAGGAUCAUGUUUGCUGCCAAGGCCACCGGUGCCGACGCCCGGAAGGCCCGCAAUACCAUCCUCCUGCAUGGCCUGCAGCUUCUGCUGUGCAUGUUCACGUUCAUCGGCCCACAAAUCGAGAGUGUGUUGAUCUCUCUCUUCCCCAUGUUUUUCAGUGAGAUAAAAUUCACAAUUUACAUCUUCGUCCACAUCUUGCCCAGGUUUUUAAGUCCCAUCGUCUACGGACUGAGGGAUCAGAUGUUCUGUGCGUAUUUGAAAAAGCAUCUUUUGUGCAUUAGGAUGAAAGAAAGGAAUCAAAGAAAAACACGAGCCUCCUAA